CUGGUUUGCAGAGCUUUGCACUGGCAGUCGCCCUUCGUGCCAAUAUUCUCCCAAAAGUAAUACAACUGACUAGAUCUGCCAGGCUAUUGCCCGUGCUCAUAUGUACCGCGUAACCCAUAAACAUUCAACAAGAUACGACUGAGGACCUACGGUUCGGAUGCCCUGGGAUGCGGCCUAGAACCUUCCAGCCCUUUGAGGUGCGCAAAUCCCGUUCGGUUGGUGACUGGCGAGCGAGCAUUUCCGUGUACUACUAUAGCGGUAUCGUUACAAAACUGACCGCUAAGUCCGUAGCCGCCUGCGUCUCGACCCAGCGGACCCAGCGGGUACUACUACGGAUGUGGAUGCAGUCGUGUGUUAUCCGUAGUACGGGAUGCAUCUUCCGCAGGUGGUGCAAACGCAUAAAAGGCGGCCAAAGUCCGCGGUGAAAGCAACAAAUCUCUGCUUGCCGUCCAUCCGCUCACUGCGUACUCAAAUCAUACAUUAUGGAGACUACCUGUGUUGCGGACUACUUGCCUGACUUCACUGGCAAGCUCCUCGGGAACGGUCAAUAUGAGCUGACGAGGCUCCUGGGCGCUGGCGCCGCGGGAGUUGUCUAUCUUGCUCAUGACCACCACGCCCCGACGACAUCGAAAGGGGCACCUAUCGAAUGUGCUGUUAAGAUUAUUCCGAAGGCUGGUCCUCUGAAUAGUCAGACGUGGCAACAGCAGCAGGAGAUCACCCUCCACAAGCUUGUGUCCGACGUUCCCCACGUCCUCACGCUGUAUGCCACCUUCGAAGACACGCAGUUCUUCUACCUCGUCAUGGACUGUCACGAGCACGACUUGUUUCAACUGCUCUGCCGUGACGAGUUUCCAUACGCGGACAACGACGAGCUGGUCCGUUCGGUGUACGUGCAAAUCCUGGACGCGAUACACGCGUGUCACGACCGCAACGUGUUUCACCGGGAUCUCAAGCCGGAGAAUAUCCUUUGCAACGCCGACGGAACUGAGGUGUAUAUUGCUGACUUCGGGCUGGCAACCCGACAGGAGUUCAGCUACACCUUCUGUUGUGGCACGUCAUCUUACAUGAGUCCGGAAUGUCUCGCACAGGAGUGCGAGCGUAAUGCCUAUUCCGCCCGCCACGGGGAUAUCUGGGCUCUGGGCAUCCUCCUCAUCAACAUUAUCACCGGGCUCAACCCAUGGGAGAUGGCCGUGACCACGGACGAGGCAUUCAACGAGUUCCUCGUCGACGAUAAUCACUUCGAGCGUGUGCUCCCCAUCUCCAAGGGGGCUAUCCGCAUCCUGAAGCAGAUCUUCAGUAUCAACCCGUCCGCACGUCCCACCAUCCCCGAGCUGCGCGAGCGUAUCCUCGCACUGCCCACCUUCUUCCCGCCAAAGAAGGACGGCUCGCACGCGCCCGUCGAUUCCGAUCUCGCCGCACCCAAGAGCGGACCGGUCGACAGUGCAGCACAGGAGAUCGUCGAAUUGGAGGAGGACAUCGGCACUGUGGACCUGUUCUCGUACGGCCUGGACGAUGGCUAUCCCCACAGUCUCACCGAUUCCCCGUCGACCUCCUCCUCGGGCAGCGAGAGCCAGGGCCUCAUCACGCCCGACGAUAUCCCGCGGCCCCGCGUCGACAUCUCUGGGUUCGCAGAGGACCUGGGAGAGGCACUCCGGCCUUUUGCGGCGAAGGACAGGAAGUUGUCCAUCGAAGACGCCUCGCCCGCGCUCAACGUUCUUGAGCGCCUCGACAUGCUCGUUCUCGAGUGAAAGGCCGGGUCUUCGUUUGUACACCGGGGUCAUGGGUACAUUGUCUGUUUUCCUCGUUCUCCGCUGGUUUUCGGAGAGUUCGGGGUGGAUGGUGGAAGGAAGGAUUGAAUUGUCAGACGAAGAAUGCCGUCAGAGAAGAAGAGAACAAAGGCCUCUUACGGUAUGGCCGUCAAAAUGCGCCGCAUACCCAAGGACAUUAUUAUGGACAUCAUGCCUUGGGAUGUACAUGGACGCUGUGCUCACGGACACUGUCGAGUCGAUCGUCGUGCCAUCGGACAUUACUUAUGGACUAGAU